AUGCCUCUCUCUUGGCUUUUUCUUCUUCAUUUCCUUUACGGUUUUUUCCUGGCCGGACGAGCAUAUAGCACUCACAACCCUCUUCUCUAUGGCAGGGAUCCUAUCCGUACAAACAUUCGCUCUCGCAAAUGCUCACCUGCAACCAAAGAGAGAAUGGGUAGGGCUGACAGAAGCCGGGAGACCUUGCUGGCCACCGGCCAUGGAAGAGGGAUGCAUCACUCGUGGAUGGCUCCAUCCAUGGUGGAGACAUUCGGAGUGCACGGCCGCCUUCUGGAAGACUGGAAGGCCCCGCCUAGAGCACAAUCUGACACAUCAAGAGAUUGCGAAUCCGGGCAAGGAAAAUAUGGUGUGCAAAUUUCCGAAAGCGUAUCGCACUGGAGGCCCCCGCGCACCCCCCCCAUUCUUUUCCACAGGUCUCUUUUCCGCAUAAGGAGUGCUAAGAGUUUCAAAGCUGAGAAGUUGGCGAGCUGGGACCGCGAGUUAGUGAGAGGUUGGCAAAGUGUCAUAGUAGCUUACAUGCAUUUACGCCAACACCCAUACGUAUCAUGGGAUGAGCCUUGGGCCUCUGACCCCCAUGCAGGUGAGAAAUUUAGAGAGUUAUGUCGCAAACUUGCCAUGCUGUGUCCACAGGAGAAUGAAUAUCUAGAUUUACAAUGUGGCGUUCAUCCCCACUUAUCUCAAACAGAGCGUAUAUUCCCAUUGGAGGGAGAUUCCCGUACCAGUAGCGCGAAAUGCCGACCAGCGGGCAAUAUUGUUACUGAGAAGCGGAAGGAGCACACAAAAUAG